ACGGAUCCGUACCUCUAGAAUCAGAUUCCUUGGGGAAAAGGCCCCUGAUUAAAUUGAAAUUUGGUACAUGCAGAGAGCAUUAAAAAUAAAUAGAUUGGCAUCUUGAAAGGCAUAUUGUCGUUUGAAAAAUAGACUCCAAGAUUCCGCCAGUUUUAUACUUUAGUAAGCGUCACAAUUGAUCAAGUCGGCAAACGCUUUGAAAUAAGAUAACAGGAGAUGACGCGAGAUUAUCUCCAGUUUCCAUUCUGUGUAUUUUAUAGUUCUUUGGUACAUGGUAAAUUGUGAAAAUUGGGAAAAAAGUAUUGACAAGUCAAAUAAAUUGUGAAUUUUUAACAUUUAAAAUAGAUAGAUCUGCAUGUACGGUGUAGCGCCCCCCCGGUAUUUAAGGUAUCAAGGCAAAACGUCCCCUAGUCAAAACACCCCCCAUUUUGGUCAAAACGUCCCCCAUUCAGUUUAGAAUUUGGUCAAAACACCCUCCUAAUAUUUUUUUCUAUUAUUCUUAAUUCUUUUUAAUUAAUUCAUAUAUUUUAUUAUCUUUUCAGUUUGAAACUUAUGGAUUAUGUACUGAUAAUACACAAAAUUGAUUUAUUAGCACCUAAAAUAAUGCAAUCAACACCAAUCAACUAUAUAUGGUUGCGCUUUAAUUGAGCUGUGGGUGUGGGCUUAAUAUUAGUAGGUGUCAUAAACCCAUUAAUCACCAGUAAUAAGGUGUGAACAUUUGUGAAGGGAAAAUCUUUUCUUCUAUACAAUCAAAAUUUGUACAGAAUGAACAAAACACUGAUCAGAGUUAUAACUUUAUUUAUAAAACAUUAAUAAAACUAGUGUUAUUUCUAGAGUUCUAAAAGGGCAGGGUGCUGACUAAAAGGGGCAGGGUGCUUUCCGAAAGGGGCAGGGUUCUCUUUUAGACGUGAAAGUUACCAUAGCAGUAGUUGAAUUUCUAGAUGCCUAUAGUUAAUAUGUAUUCCAUUUAUGUUUAUUGCACGCUUAAAAGAAAUGUCACAGAAUAAAGUGGUAAAUCUUCCCAAAACCAGUAACACAGUUUACAAGAUAUUUUACUUACUUUAUAGUUUAGUUUAAACCAUUCAAGCCUUUCUCUUAAAAACUGUCAUCAAGAAUGUCAACUUGUUCAUAUGAAAUAGUGGAGGGACGUACAGUAUAAGCUUAAUCUCGAAACAAAGAUCAUGUUGUAAACAACAUAGUAAAAGGCCUGUUUCAGGUCACAUUGUAAACUAAUAAUUAUCAAAAGUCGUGUUGUAUUGAUCAGGUCUUUCAUCAAUAUUUCAUUAACAGAAAAGCGCUAUUACAGUCAGGUUAAAUUUUACUAAAACGCAUAUCCAAAAUAUACUAUCCGGAUACUGGUACACUUUUGGAAUGUUGUCUGAAAGUAGCUUUACAUGACCCACUAGGGUAAACCAAAGAUAGUUCCUCAAUUUUUGAUGUUUUUCAUCAUAAGAAAUACACCGACUGUCAGCUUUUUUGAAGGAAAUAUGGAAAAAUUGCAUACGACAUCGGGAGUAAUAAGACUCGUGAACGGACAUUGUAAACUUUCUUUUACUUUCGAUAUUCAUUAAAAUUUGUGCAUUUUCUAGUUGAAAUUACAGUAGAAUCAAACUGCAUUGAUAUAUACUUGUUAUUAUACUAAACAACGGUCCAGGCUAGUUUAAAUUUUGCGCACAAAAAUCUAGGGCACUUUUCACGUGCUCGGUAAUCAGCUGACCACUUACGAACGCCUUUUUGACAUUACACAGGAUCCAUACUCUUAAUCAAUUAAUUUUAACGCUUCAUUGAUUCUCAUUACCUGUGUACACUCGCCGUGACGUAAUUUGCUGAUCAAAAAAUCGUCGAGGCAUGUCAACAGGGAAAUUGGCGGGAUUUAACAAAAGAUCAAAGGCAAGAGGGCACAUUUUAAGGGCAGCAUGGCGGCAGUAAAAAAGGGCCGGGCGAGGCGCCCCGCUGCGUCGCUCUAGAAAUAACACUAUAAAACAUCAGAACAGUCACAACUGCAUAUUUACUAAGUAAAAAUAACAUCACACUAUUCAUUCACUGUUCUUCACCAAGAAGUCAAAUUCACAAUAUCAUAUAUUAUUAUUAUUAUACCAGAUUUGUUGAGCGCCUUUUUCAUAUGAAAUAUACGGUCAAGGGCGCUUUACAAUUAAACAUGUGACAUAUCGCAGAUAUGUAGGAAAAUCACAAAACAUGGCAUAUGCAAUCAUAAAACUGAAACUGAAUAAUUUGCUGUACCAGUGUUCGUAGGUAACUGUAGUCUUAGUGAACCAUUCUGGGAUCAUAAGUCUCGUUUUGGUUGGUAUACAUUCAAUAAAUGUUCAUGUAUUUAUGUGUUUUUAAUAUUCAUGGAAUUUGAUCAGAAUGUUUGUCUUGAUGAAAUCUAGGCCAAGUUCAAAUAUGGGUCAUCUGUGGUCAAAAACUAGGUCACUUGGUCAAAUCAAAGAAAAACUUUGUGUGCAAUCAGGGCUGCAUUUUUAACUGGAUAUUCGUAAAGUUUGAUCAGAAUGUCUUGAUGAAAUCUUGAUAAGUUUGAAUAUGGUUCAUCUGGGGUCACAAACUAGGACACAUGGUCAAAGAAAAACUUUGUGUAUGCAAUAGGAGCUGGAAUUUUCCCUGAAUAUUCGUGGAAUUUGAUCAGAAUGUUUGUCUUGAUGAAAUCUAGCUCAAGUUCGAAUAUGUACAUUGUAUCAUCUGUUGUCAAAAACUAGAUCACUCGGUCAAAUCAAAGAAAAACUGUAUGUGUGCAAUCAGGGCUGCAUUUUUCACUGGAUCUUCGUGAAAUUUGAUUGGAAUGUUUGUCUCGGUGAAAUCUAUGUCAUUUCUGAAUAUAGGUCAUCUGGGGUCAAAAACUAGGUCACUCGGUCAAAUCGAAUAAAAACUGUGUUGCAAUAGAGGCUGCAAUUUUCAUUGGAUAUUCGUGAAAAUUGGUUAGAAUGAUCUUCUUGAUGAAAUCUAAUGGGUCAUCUUGUGUCAAAAACUAGGUCACCUUGUCAAAUCAAAGAAAAACCUUGUAUAUGCAACAGGAGCUGCAUUUUUCACUGGAUAUUCGUUGAAUUUGAUCAGAUUGUUUGUCUUGAUCAAAUCUAGGUCAAGUUUGAAUAUUAUCAGUCAUCUGGGGUCAAAAUCUAGGUUACUCGGUCAAAUCAAAGAAAAACUUUGUGUGUGCGCAAUAGGUGCUGCAGUUUUCACUGGAUAUUCAUGAAAUCCAGCGCUUUUGAACGUUUAUUUUAUAGAUGAAAAGAGCGCUAUAAAAAUCUGAUAAAUAAUAAUAAUAAUAAUAAUAAAUUUAAUCAGGAUAAUUGCCACAAUGAAAUGUAGGUGAAGUUCGAUUAUGGGUCAACUUGGGUCAAAAACUAGGUCACUAGGUCAAAUCAAAGAAAAACCUUGUGUAUGCAAUAGGGGCUGCAUUUUACACCAGAUAUUCAUGAAAUUUGAUCAGAUUGUUUGUCUUGAUGAAAUCUAGGUCAAGUUUGAACAUUGGUAAUCUGGGUUUAAAAACUAAAUUACCCAGUCAAAUCAAACCUCAGGUGAGUGACCUAGGACCAUUUGGUCCUUUUUGAGAAUUUUACUAAAAAGAUAUUCUGGCAGAAUCACAAACCAGGUCAAACCAUAACGCUAAAAUGGUACAAUUUCUUCUUUAUCAGGGAUAUAAAUUAGCAGGGGCCCAGUAGCCCGUGGUCCCUAGAUUUUGGGCUGGGCCCCUAAAUUAUUGGAGAAAAUGCCCAUAUCCCUUAUGUUUUAAACAUUUAUUUUUGACAGUCUGGGCUCCUAAAUAAAAAUAGCUAGUUUAUAUCCCUGUUUAUCUGUAUGAAUCAUGAAGAGAAAAUUUUUCAAUAUUUGAAAUCUGAUUCAGGUAUGAAUGUUGAUCACCAAGGUGUAAUAACUAGAUCACUUUAUCUACUCAUAGAAUAAAUACUAUCUAGAAAUCACAUUUUUCACUUGUCUUCAAUGAAACUUGGGUCUUAUUGCUUAUCUUUAUAUAAAAUUCAGAUUACAUGUAAGUUUAAAACUAUAACUGAACUAGAACCUUCAAACUUCAUAGGAUGGUAGGGCUUAUGGAGUGGACGGCUGCUAUUGUUUUUGGGGUCACUCCAUUAAAGGUCAAGGUCACAGGGGCCUGAACAUGGAAACCAUUUCCGAUCAAUAACUUGAGAACCACUUGACCCAGAAUGUUGAAACUUCAUAGGAUGAUUGGUCAUGCAGAGUAGAUGACCCCUAUUGUUUUUGGGGUCACUUUGUUAAAGGUCAAUGUCACAGGGGCCGGAAGAUGGAAAACCAUUUCCGAUCAAUAACAUGAGAACCACUUGACCCAGAAUGUUGAAACUUCAUAAGAUGAUUGGACAUGCAGAGUAGAUGACCCCUAUUGAUUUUGGGGUCACUCUAUUAAAGGUCAAGGUCACAGCGGACAGAAUAUGGAAAUCCAUUUUCGGUCAAUAAUUUGAGAACUCUUUGACCUAGAACCUUCAAACUUCAUGGGGUGAUAGGACUUACAGAGUAGAUGACCCUUAUUGAUUUUGGGAUCACUCUGUCAAAGGUCAAGGUCACUGGGACUUGAACAUGGAAAGUCAUUUCUCAUCAAUAACUUGAGAAUCACUUGACCAAGAAUGUUGAAACUUCAUAGGAUGAUUGGACAUGCAGAGUAGUUGAUACCCAUUGUUUUUGGGGUCACUCUGUCAAAGGUCAAGGUCACAGGAGCUUGAACAUGGAAAACCAUUUCCCAUCAAUAACUUGAGAACCACUUGAACCAGAAUGUUGAAACUUCAUAGAAUGCUUGGACAUGCAGAGUAGAUGACCCCUAUUGAUUUUGGGGUCACUCUAUUAAAGGUCAAGGUCACAGCAGACAGAACAUGGAAAUCCAAUUCCGGUCAAUAGCUUGAGAACUAUUUGACCUAGAACCUUCAAACUUCAUAGGGUGAUAGGACUUACAGAGUAGAUUACCCUUUAUGUCUUUGGGGUCACUUCGUGGAAGGUCAAGGCCACAGAGGGCUGAAUGUAGAAAACUCCUUCCAAUCAAUAACUUGAGAACAACUUGACCCAGAAUGUUGAAACUUACAAGGAUGAUUAGACAUGCAUGGUAGAUGAACACUACUGAUUUUGGGGUCACUUGAUCAAAGGUCAAGGUCACAGGGGCCUGAACAUUGAAAACUGUUUCCAGUUCAUAACUUGAGAACCACCAGACCCAAAAUGUUGAAACUUAGUGGUAUGAUUGGACAUGCCAAGGAGAUGAUCCCUAUUGCAGCCAACCAUCAGUGUCUCUUUGACUUUCGCUCUUGUCACCUAUUGACUUCUUGCCUAUACGACUAUGCACUGGGGGAGACAAUGCGCGUUUUUACAAAAGCAUCUUCUAGUUGAUUUAGUUUCCCAUUUGACAUUUUGGUCUAAAAUUUUUCAGUCAAUAUCUCUGCAUAUACAUUAUUUUGCAGAAUGAUACCACAUGGAUACAAUGAAUCAUUAUAGAAAAUGUAGGACAGUCAUUUUUGAGUUGUCAAAGGAACAGUGUCAAGAAGUUGAGCCAAAGGACUGCCAUCAUGGAUGCUUUUAACUAUUUCUGAAGCUAAGAAGCAUGUCCUGAAUAGAACAACAACUGUGAUGGUGGUGGUAACAUUUAAGACAGCCCCCAAAGUAAGAUAGAUAUUGAUGUAACAAUGGCUUGUCUUAAUACUGAACCUAUCUUUGAUCAGCAGGAAGAAAGCAAGGAUGCAGAAGAUGAACAUGAUGAAACGAUAGGAGAAAAGCCAUGUGUUAUUGGGGACAAUAGACAUAACAAAAAAGGCAGUGACGAUGGUAUUAAAGAAAACCCAGUUCAUAUGGACUCUGUAUAUGCAUCUGAUGAUGAAGUAUUUACAUGCAAAGAAUGUGGGGAAGAGUUUGAGGUCGAGUCGAAACUGCAGGCCCAUGUGAUGCUUCAUAGCGAGGAUAAGGUUUAUAAAUGCCAAUUUUGUAACAAAUUGUUCAGCAAGAGUUCAAACUUGACGUCACAUCUUAGGAUACAUACAGGAGAGAGGCCAUUCCAUUGUAAGAUAUGUUCAAAAACUUUUGCAUGGAUGCAUAGUGUUCGUAUCCAUGUUCCAAGAGUACACAAAGUUGAAAAAGAAUUAAUAGAAAGCUUCAUUGGAAAUGAUUAUGUUUCAGAAGAUUGUUGUGGAGAUAGCAGCCAAACUGAAUUUAAUGAAGUAAAUAAUGGAGAGAAUAUUGAUGUAGCUGUAAGUGUAGGAGAUGAAAAGAAAAGAAUUGAAGGAGAUGCUCUGCUAGAUGCAGAAAACAGCAAUGAAAAACAGGAUCAUGUUGAAUACAAAGAUAUGGAAAAUUAUCUCAUUAAAACACAAAUUUCCAAAUCCAAAUCUGAGUCGAAUGGUUCAGAUGAUAACCUCAGAUUCCUUGAAAAAAGAAAGGUAACAUAUAUUUGUAAACAUUGCUCUAAGGAAGUGAGUCAAAAAUCAAACAUGAUUGAUCAUGUGAGAUCACAUUUAGGUGUGAAACGUUUUAAAUGUAGGCUGUGUGGAAAAGAUCUUUCAAGAAAACAAAACAUUGUACAUCAUUUGAAAUAUGUCCAUUUUGUUGAUAAUUCCUCAGUUAAUGAUAUGAUCAUUUUGAAUGAUGAAGCCAUUACACCAAAAUCAAAAGUUACUGAAAAGGGUUUGGAUAUCGCUAAAGCAGAAAACAUGGAUAUAGGUGUUGUUAGAAUUGAAAAAGAUGAUGAAUUGGAUGAAAAGAAAAAUGACAGCCAACAAAAUUCUGACAAAUAUUUAAGUAAUGAAGAUGAAAAUGGCCUAAAGGCUGUAUCGGUUAAAAAUGAGGAAUGUGCUGAAGGUAAACUUUGUGAUAGUACUGUUGAGGAUGAUGUUGAUAAUGAUGUUGAAGAACUUACAUAUGAAGUUCUUGAAGGUGACACCCCUGCUGAGAAAAGGUAUUUAUGCAAAAUAUGUGGAUUCACUUGUGAUAGACGGUAUUAUAUGACAAAUCAACACGUUAUGAAACAUACGGGUGCAAAACGGUACAGAUGUGUUAUAUGUUGCAAAGCAUACACUAGGAAAUAUGUAUUCAGAAGGCAUGUAUUGAAAGAACAUAACAUUAGAGAUGAAGAACUGGAUUCAAUUUUUGAUGCAUCAGAAAUUGAUAAAAAGAAAAGGCAGCCUACUGGGACCAGUUCUGUAUCAGACCCAAAAGGCGAGAGUCCGCCAGAUCUAGCAGAAACAAACUGUGAAACUGAAAAUGGUGUAAAUUUUGACAAAAUAUCUUUAGAUGUCAUAAAAAAGAACUUUGAUAAACACCAAGACUUUGAAAAUGAUGAUAAAGCUUUUAAUGGUGAUCCUGAUGAAAGGGAAGAAAUAAAUGGAGAGUAUCCAAAGACAGAACUGAAAUUUUCAUUUAGUACAAUUCGAGUAGAUAACCCUAAUAAAUUUAUGUAUAAAUGUAACAUAUGUGGCUUUGUUUGUACAAGAAAAUACUACAUGGUAAAUAUGCACUAUUUGAAACAUACUGGUGGUAAACCUUAUAUGUGUAUUGUUUGUUGUAAGUUAUACAGUAGAAGAUAUGUUUUGAGAAAACAUCUUGUCAAAGAACAUGGCAUUAAAGGUGAAGAGCUAGAGGAAUUGUUGAAAACAACUGGAAAGAGGCUUAACCCUGAAGAUGGCCUUCAAGAAGCUAUUCCACAUUCAAAUAUUGAAGCAGACAUCUCCCCUGGUAGCGACUCGUACUUCAAAUUGAAGAAGGGAGAAUCAAGCGGUAUAGGUUCUGAUGUAGCAUUACAAGGCUCAGGUGUAGAUGGGGGAAAGUCAUCAAAAGAAAUUCCAGAAGCAUUCUUGGAAUCUAGGGAAAAGCGUUUACCUAGACAUGUAGAUAAAGAGGAAAACAGCAGUGAAAUAGAAAAUAUAAAUCUCAAUCCUGAUCGUGAAGAUGCAGUAAUGACAGAUCCUAAUAGGACUAGUCAUACAACUAGUAGCGAAACAGAUUUUACAGAAAACAGAAAAGAGUCGGACAAUGAGUUUGAAAUGUUUAUGCAAGAUGGCGAUAAUGGUAAGUGCAUUUCCCAAAGAAAUACCAAAACAAGUAAACGACAACUUAUUGAUAAAGCUGAAGAGGAAUUAAUUGAUACAGCAAAUAGAAGUCAAAGCAAAAGGGCAAGAAAGUAUGAGCAUCCAUUCGACCAUGUUAUGAGAUCUUUAAUGGACUCGAAAACAUUGACAUGUUUGAAGUGUAAUAAACAGUGUUCAAAGAAGAGCAAUCUGAAACAACAUAUUAGAAUUCUUCACUUUAAUCUGAAGGAAUAUAUAUGUCAAGAGUGUAAUAAAACCUUUAAUACAAAAUACAACUUGAAAGUGCACAUGAAGCAGCAUUUACAGCCAGAGGAUCGAGACUCAAUGAGUCAUGAAUGCUACAUUUGCAAGAAAGCAUUUACAACCAGAUCAUAUUUAAAAGUACAUUUGACGAGGUACCAUAGUGACAAAUUUGAAAAUAUUUAGCAGAUUAUACCGCAAGAUGAAGACUUGAUGAAAAUGCUGUGGAAAUUCCUUUUUGAUCAUGAAAACCAUAAAACAGAGGCAAACAAUUUGACUAGUUUCAUGGAAGUAGAUAAAGAUACUGUCAGAGUUAAUAUUUUCAGAAGUAGGGAUGUAAAGUUACGUUUUCGAGUAAAUAAUACGUUGUGGUUUAUUUGAAAAAAAAAGUUAUUUUGAUUGGUUCAGGUUUGCUUGCAAAUAUUUAGGCCACUGUAAUUUUUUUGUAAGUUCUAGAAAACCAUUUUAUACAUGUAUUUUUAUGAUAUGAAUUUUUUUUUACAUUUUUUAGAGAGAGAGUUUUAAUCUUUUAUAUUUAAUGUUACAAGUUAGAACACAAUAGCAGACAUGAAAUUUAAGCUUAUGAUUCAAGCAUUGUGAUUUGUGCUCAGUUUAUAUAAACAUUGAGCUUUUAGUUUUACCAAAGUCUCCCUAAAUUUUGUGGCCAGGUGAAUUUUAACCUAGAUACAAUCAGGAUCAUUAUGUCUCCCCCAGGAGACAUAUUGUUUUUGCCCUGUCCGUACGUCCGUACGUCACACCUCAUUUCCGAGCAAUAACUAGAGAACCAUUUGACCUAGAACCUUCAAACUUCAUAGGGUUGUAGGGCUGCUGGAGUAGACGACCCCUAUUGUUAUUGGGGUCACUCAGUCCAAGGUCAAGGUCACAGGGGCCUGAACAUUGAAAACCAUUUCCGAUCAAUAACUAGAGAACCACUUGACCCAGAAUGUUGAAACUUCAUAGAUGAUUGGCUUUGAAAAGUAGAUGACCCCUAUUGAUUUUGGGGUCACUCCGUCAAAGGUCAAGGUCACAGGGGCCUGAACAUUGAAAACCAUUUCCGAUCAAUAACUAGAGAACCACUUGACCCAGAAUGUUGAAACUUCAUAGGAUGAUUGGCCGUGAAGAGUAGAUGACCCCUAUUGAUUUUGGGGUCACUCCGUCAAAGGUCAAGGUCACAGGGGCCUGAACAUUGAAAACCAUUUCCGAUCAAUAACUAGAGAACCACUUGACCCAGAAUGUUGAAACUUCAUAGGAUGAUUGGCCGUGAAGAGUAGAUGACCCCUAUUGAUUUUGGGGUCACUCCGUCAAAGGUCAAGGUCACAGGGGCCUGAACAUUGAAAACCAUUUCCGAUCAAUAACUAGAGAACCACUUGACCCAGAAUGUUGAAACUUCAUAGGAUGAUUGGCCAUGAAGAGUAGAUGACCCCUAUUGAUUUUGGGGUCACUCCGUCAAAGGUCAAGGUCACAGGGGCCUGAACAUUGAAAACCAUUUCCGAUCAAUAACUAGAGAACCACUUGACCCAGAAUGUUGAAACUUCAUAGGAUGAUUGGCCAUGAAGAGUAGAUGACCCCUAUUGAUUUUGGGGUCACUCCGUCAAAGGUCAAGGUCACAGGGGCCUGAACAUUGAAAACCAUUUCCGAUCAAUAACUAGAGAACCACUUGACCCAGAAUGUUGAAACUUCAUAGGAUGAUUGUACAUGCAAAGUAGAUGACCCCUAUCAAUUUUGGGGUCACUCCAUUAAAGGUCAAGGUCACAGGGGCCUGAACAUUGAAAACCAUUUCCGGUCAGUAACUUGAGAACCGCUUGACCCAGAAUGUUGAAACUUAAUAGGAUGAUUGGUCAUGCAGAGUAGAUGACCCCUAACGAUUUUAGGGUCACUCUGUUAAAGGUCAAGGCCACAGGGGCCUGAACAUGGAAAACCAUUUCCAAUCAAUAUCUUGAGAAUCUCUAGACCCAGAAUGUUGGAAACUUCAUAGGAUGAUUGUUCAUGCAGAGUAAAUAACCCCUAUUGUUUUUGGGGUCACUCCGUUAAAGGUCAAGGUCACAGAGGCCUGAACAUUGAUAACCAUUUCCCAUCAAUAACUUGAGAACCACUUGACCCAGAAUGUUGAAACUUCAUAGGAUGAUUGAACAUGCAGAGUAGAUGACCCCUAUUGAUUUUGGGGUCAGUCUAUUAAAGGUCAAGGUCACAGUGGCCUGUUCAUGUAAAAUCAUUUUUUGGAAAUAACUUGAGAACCACUUGACCAACAAUGUUGAAACUUAAUAGGAUGAUUGGACAUGCAGAGUAGAUGACCCCUAUUUAUUUUGAGGUCACUUGAUCAAACGUCAAGGUCACAGGAGCCUGAACAGUGACUUGAGAACCACUAGGCCAAGAGUGUUGAAAUUUAGCGGGAUGACUGGACAUGCCAAGUAGAGGAUCCCUAUUGCAGCCAACCAUCAGUGUCUCUUUGACUUUUCGCUCCUGACCCCUAUUGACUUCUUGCCUAUAGGAUUUUGCAUUGGGGGAGACAUGCGCUUUUUUACAAAAGCAUUUUCUAGUUUACACUAUUUUUACACACUUACAGAAGUUUAAUUUAAUAGGUAGUAUAUUUGUUAGAUUUAUGAAGUUUUUUUCUUGCAUUAUAAGUAUAAAUGUAUUUGUUAAAAUAGUUUUAGGAGAUACUAAACUACAUGAUACUGUUGUAUAUAUGCAAAAUGAAUUGUGUAACAGCAACUGCAUUUACACAUUUAAUUUCUCAUGAUUUAUCAUUUAUAAAAGUUAUAGAUGUCUUUUAGUGUAAUUAUUUUAAAUGUCACAUAUUAUAAACUGAAUUGAUUGUCAAACUAUAUUUUGUAUUAUAAUUUGAUGAAAUAUCUUAAAUAUUUUGUUUUUAUGUCCCCUUUUCCAAAUUGCAUGACAUUCUUUGACCCACCGUUUUAUUUCAGCUAUGAAGUUUAUGGAGAGCUUUUAAAGUUUUGAUGCACUUUCUGUAUGAAACUGUCAUUAUUUCAAGGAUUAGUUUCAAACUUUGAAUUUAAAUUUCUCAUCAUCACUCGCUUCAUGCGACACAAGGGUCUUGCUCUAGCACCAAUAUUUCAUGAAGUUUCAAACUUUGAAUUUAAAUUUCUCAUCAUCACUCGCUUCAUACGACACAAGGGUCUUGCUCUAGCACCAAUAUUUCAUGAAUUAUUUCACCUUUUCACUUUAUUUCUGGCUAAAGUUAUAUUGCACUUUCAAUCAAUCUCUUUUAUAACUAAAUGGAUGCGAUUCAAACUGCAAAUAAUUGUUCCCUUUUAUCACUCACAUUAUAAAACAAAAGUGCCAUAACUCUUUUAACCUUACAUCACGAAUUGUGCCCCCUUUUUACCCCUGUUUGAAGAACGGGACGUAUUAUGGGAACGCCCCAGGCGGGCGGGCAGGCGGGCGGCGUCCACAGACUUUGUCCGGAGCAUAUCUUCUUCAUGCAUGAAGGGAUUUUGAUGAAACUUGGCACAGUUGUUCACCAUCAUGAGACAGAGUGUCAUGCGCAAGAACCAGGUCCCUAGGUCUAAGGUCAAGGUCACACUUAGAGAUCAAAGGUCAAACUCAAGAAUGACUUUGUCCGGGGCAUAUCUUCUUCAUGCAUGGAGGGAUUUUGAUGUAACUUGACACAAUUGUUCACCAUCAUGAGACGGAGUGUCAUGCGCAAGAACCAGGUCCCUGGGUCUAAGGUCAAGGUCACAGAGGUCAAAGGAUACAAGAAUGAAAACUUUGUCUGGAGCAUUUCUUCUUCAUGCAUGGAAGGAUUUUGAUAUAACUUGGCACAAAUGUUCACCACCACGAGAUGGAGUGUCUUGCGCAAGAACCAGGUCCCUAGAUCUAAGGUCAAGGUCACACUUAGAGGCCAAAAGUCAGAUACAAGAAUGACUUUCUCAGAAGCAUUUCUUCUUCAUGCAUAGAGGGAUUUUGAUGUAACUUGGCACAAUUGUACACCAUCAUGAGUCGAAGUGUCAUGCGCAGGUCCCUUCUUUAGAAUUACUUCCCUUUGUUGUUACUAUAAAUAGCUUAUAUUGCAACUUUUUCAUUACUAGCCGUAGGGAAAAAUCGAGACCACUUUUCUGUAGUAUAACAUGCAUAUUACAUCCAAUGUUGAGGUGUAUUUUGACCUACGGUAUCUCUACAGGGUAAGGAUUCUUGUGUGGACUUACAAAUUUUUUUUGGAUUUUUUUUUUAUUCUUUUUCUUUUUUUUUGUUAACUUCCCUUAGUUGUUACUAUAAAUAACCUAUACUGUAACUUUUUUAUAAUUGACCGUAGGAAAAAACCAAGAUCACUUUUCUGUGGUACAACAUAGAUGUUACUUUCAAAUUUUAGGUGUAUUUUAAGGUAUCUCUACUUGGUAAGGUGUUUUUUUGUGGUCAUAGAAAAACAAAAAAAUUACAAUAAUUACUAAACAACCACAAAGUUAAGAUUCCAUUUGCAAACACAGCUGCUAUUUGCUAAUUUGCUGCGACGGGCAUAUAUUGUGACAUUCUUGCACUCUUGUUACUUAGAAAUUCUUGUUAAUUUUGUUUCUUUUUAACUAGUAUGUCUUUGUUGUUUUUUAGCUUUUCUGAUUUUUGAGAAAAAAUCUACGAGGUAUUGUCGUCACUUGAUCAUCUACGUAAUUUUUUGUUAAGAUCCACUUUUUCUAAAAAAUUAUAAGAACUACAGCUUUGA